GAUUUCCACUGAGUAAGCAUUCACUAUGAGUACAGCCAAUAAGAUUUCCAAGACUUCCCUAGUGAACUCUCUGGCCAAAAGGUAUGAUCCGAAAGAUAUACAAAAUCAAGGGCCCACUAAUGUGCAGAAGGCAUUACAGACUCCUUUAGCCUCAAAGACUCCAACAAGCAAGAACAUUAUGGAUACAAAGCUGGACUUUUUAAGCCAUAAAAUUGACACUCUUUUGUUGGGACAUGACAAUGUUUUUGAAAAGCUUGAAAAUAUUUCACAGGAUAUUGUGGACAUUGAAAAAGACCUGCAAGUGCUAAAAAUAGAGAACCCAACCACCGAAAAAGUACAUCAGGAAAAAGAAACAUCAGAAGUUAAAAAUAUGAUUUAUGAAAUGAAAGGACAUUUUCUGGAAAUGAUCAGCCACCUAUCAUCAAUAAAUAAAUAUUCCGAAGAGCAGGCAAAAAGACUAGAUGGAGUUGAAAAGAUACUACUUGGUACACAAGGAGUGAUCCAUUACCUAAUGGAGCAGAUAAAGUUAUCUACAUUGUUUGAGUUUCUACAGAGAAGACAAUAUUCAGCACAACCCCCAAGAGCUGACAAUAAAAUAAACACAAAUGAAAAGAAAGGUAAUAAUAGAAAUAAGGGAAAAAAGUGUAUAAAAGUUAUUGAGACCAAGAAGAAGAAAAAUGGUUGUUUGAAAAAAAGACACCGCAAGAACAUCAAUGAUGAAAUCACAAGUGAAAAGAACAAAAGUGUGUCCUUGAGCUUGAAGAGAACAAAGUCUCUAAAGAAAAAGAAGCCACCUGAUACAGAGCAUUCUAUCCAAAAGACACAGUCCUGCAGCUAUAAAGAAAAGGUCCAAAAACUCAAUAGAGAAAAUGCUGAAAAAGCAUCUGUUAUAUUGGUUGAGAAAAAGCCUUCUGAAAUAAAGAAAGAAGAGAACUUUAUAUCCAUAGAUAUUCCAAGCUCAUAUACUGGGGCUAUUGCUCAAGGCAGCCCCCCUAUUAUUUACUGUGUAAAAGAAGAUGAGAUACCUGUGUGUGUGGACGAUGAAACUGUUCAAGCAUUACCUGAGGCCAGUAGCAAAACCGAGGCAGCAGAAGAAGUUUUGGACAGUACUGAAGAGAACAGGGGAAAAGAAAAAACUGUCAUUUAUGUAUCUGAAGAUGCAAAAAGUGCACAGAUUGAAGAGAAAUAUGAAGAGCAUAAAAUGAAAAAAGAGAUUAUUCCUGAACAAGAAGAAUAUGACAAAAUAACAAAUGCUGUUCAAGAUAUUGCAGGAUCACAAGGGCCAGAUGAUUUACAACUAACAGUAAACGGUAAUGACACAUCUUGUCCUUCUCCAUGCUCGACUUGCGAGGAUACUGACCAAGAAACAGCUAUAGUAGAGAGUGUGGGAAAUAAAGAGGAUAUACAACUACUGGUCACAGAAAAAACAGUUGAAGAACAUGAGGAGGAGGACACAGAAGAAGAAGAAGGAGUAGAAGAAGAAGAAACAAAAGACCGAAAAGAUGAUAAAGAGGAAUCAUUAAAAGAGUCCUUACAUAUUGAUGAAAGCUGCCACAAUGAUCAGAGCUGUAAUAGUAAAAGACGGAUAACUGAUGAUGAUCAUAUACAAGAUGACAACAAGAAAAGUAGAAUACACACAGAAGAUACGGUGGAGAGUGUGUUACCAGAUGAUAAUGAAGAUACAGCAGCCAAUUUGAUUUCUAACAAGGAGGAAGAAAUAAGUGAAUGCAUUGAAAAUAAGGAAUCCUCUAUAAAAGAAGAAGAUAAAAUGUUAAUUCUUGAUGUUACACCUCCACCUCCAGCCCCUUUUGAUCACAGAAUUGUCUCAGCUAAACAUGCUCAGAUUAAUAACUUUUACAACGUGGAAAAGACGCAGGUGCUUGGUGGUGGGAGGUUUGGUCAAGUACACAGAUGUGUAGAGAAAGCCUCGGGACUUACCUUGGCAGCUAAAAUCAUCAAAGUCAAAGGACAUAAGGAAAAGGAAGAAUUUAAAAACGAGAUACAAGUCAUGAACCAGCUGAAUCACAAUAACCUCAUCCAGUUAUAUGAUGCUUUUGAGUCCCGAAAUGACAUCAUUCUUGUGAUGGAGUAUGUAGAUGGUGGAGAAUUAUUUGACAGGAUUAUUGAUGAGAACUGCAAUCUCUCGGAAUUAGACACCAUUUUAUUUAUAAAGCAAAUCUGUGAAGGAAUUCAAUAUAUGCAUCAGAUGUACAUUAUACACUUGGAUCUUAAGCCAGAAAAUAUUAUGUGUGUGAGUCGAGCAGAUUAUCAAAUCAAAAUUAUUGAUUUUGGCUUGGCUAGAAGGUAUAAGCCAAGGGAAAAAUUGAAAGUGCACUUUGGUACUCAAGAGUUCCUUGCCCCUGAAGUUGUGAACUACGACUUUGUCUCUUUUCCCACAGACAUGUGGAGUGUGGGAGUCAUUGCCUACAUGCUGUUGAGUGGUCUCUCGCCAUUUUUAGGGGAAGAUGACAAUGAAACAUUAAACAACAUCAUAGUAUCUCAGUUUGACUUUGAAGGAGACGAGUUCCAGAAUAUCUCUGAAUAUGCUAAAGAUUUCAUCACCAAGUUGCUGGUAAAGGAAAAAUGCUGGAGAAUGAGUGCAAGUGAAGCUCUAAAACAUCCAUGGUUGACAGAUUCCAAACUACACUAUCUAAUUAACCUGCAGAAAAAUACAAAAGCCUGUACUGUGUCUGAGGCACCUGAGGACCAGUGACAUAUUCCAGACUAAUAAUAAGCAGAAACACUGCUGUGUGGCGUCUGCUGUGAGAUAUUUGAGUAGUUCUUGUGCUGUGACCUUCCAUGAGAUGACUUGGGCAUUUAUCAGCUGGAAUAUUGCCAUUUCAACUAAGGGCGUGUCCUGGCAUGACUGGGCUAACUUCACUCUCAAAUGCUAAAACUUCCUUGUUCAAGAAUCUCUGAGUCUUACCAACUAUUACCGAAGGAUUUGAGAAGCUCAGGUGUAUAUGCUUAUAAUGCCAUUUUAACUGCAUUGGUUUCUGGUUGUUACAUAGUACUUUGAAACAUUUCAUAACAUUCACAACUGUACUACAUGCCCAAAUCUUUGCUCAGUCCUAUCACUCGUCCUAUCACUCUACUUACACGUAUUUGUGCUAAAUAAGUGUAUGUGACUUUGGACACCAAGCAGUUACACCCUUUUAGCCUGGAAUACUAUCAGUGUUUCUGUGUCUGGGUGGUCUGUUUUCAGUAAAAGUAGUAGUUUGUAAUCUAAUAAAAGGAUGAAUCACAGCCAUAAGCAAUAAGUCAUGUGUAGUGCACAUUCUUGUAGUCAUUACAUUGGAGGAACCAUGUUUCUCUGCACUUGGUGACACUUUUGAGUAGACCAACUUGAUAUUUAUAGUAUAAAACAUUGGCUUUGUUCGACUUAAGAUAUUUUUAUGCUGCUGUCUGAAACAAUUGCCUAUAAAAGUCAAUAUCAUAUUGCCUAUAAAAAUCAAUAUCUUAUUGCUUUAGCUCAUAAUGUUUCUAGUUGGUCCACCAAAACAUGUCCAAAAUGAGCUCAAUAUGUGAAUAUUGGCAGCAGGAACAUAAGUGAGUACAUUCUUGCCAAAAGGAAAGUGCCAAAAAUAAUUAGCUGACCUGACUUUUACAAAGAUUGAUGCUGAUCUUAGCUAUAUGUGGUGAUAAGGGGGAGAUUUAUCAAUAUGUGCCCAUAUGCAGCCACUUUUUUUUUUUUUUCUGUGUUAUUGGCAUAUGUACGCCAAAUUUAUCAAAACAGCACACACACUUUGAUACAUUUUGCACAAAUGAAAAAUCACCUCAGAACAUGCCAUACAAUGUGACUUUUCUUUUUGAACAUUUGUGUAUUAUUUUUGAGCAUUUUAAAAAAGAUGCAGUGAAUACAUUGUAUAGUCAAGAUGUAGCACUGCAUUUUUGUGCAAAAACUUACUGCACAUAAUUACAGCCAAAAAAAAUUCAGGAUAGCAAUGAUAAAUCUUCCCCUAAAUGUGUUUACAUAUAACAUGGCUGCUUUAAGGAGUACCUGUCACCAAAUAAAACUUUUAAUAUAGUGUUCCUUGUGUAUUAAGCAGACACUUAUUAUUUUUCUUUAAAAAUUAUCAACAUAAAUAUUUAGAGAUGAGCAAACUUACAGUAAA